AUGACUGGACCUGAAGGACACAGGAUGUACUGCGCAAUACGGUUUGGGUUCGAAGCCUCGAACAUUGAGGUAGAAUACGAAGCGCUUCUAGCAGGACUGCGAUUGGCCCAGGGGCUGAAGGUAACGCAUCUACACAUCUUUAGUGAUUCACAGUUUGUGGUAUUCCAGGUGAAAGGGGAGUACCAAGCGAGGGGACCCAAGAUGGCUGCAUACUUGGAAAGGGUAAGAAGCUAUUUGGAGCAAUUGGUGGAAUAUAGCAUAGAGCAAAUCCCGAGAGAGAGGAAUACCCAUGCUAAUGCCCUCGCGAAGCUGGCUUCCACUAAAGAUGGGGAUACCCUCGAAUUAGUGCCUGUAGAAUACUUACCAAGGCCAAGCAUUGUCAAUCUAGACGUUCUCAUGGUCAGCGUCGCGAAGGAGUCGUGGGCCAGCCCGAUUAUAGACUACCUGAAGGAUGGAGUGGUGUCAACAGACAAGAGGGAGGCUCAGAGGCUAGUUUACAAGGCAGCCCGAUACACAUUGGUAGAUGGGAUCUUAUACAAGAGGGGAUUUUCUGUGCCACUCUUGCGAUUUGUUGAUGAGGAAGAAGCUGUGAAGGUGCUAUAUGAAAUACGUGAGGGUGAAUGUGGCAACCAUGCGAGUGGACCAUCCACGGCUCGAAAAGCCAUGAGGCAAGGGUACUACUGGCCUUACAUGGAGAGUGAUGCAAAUGAUUUCGCAAGGAAAUGUGACAAAUGCCAAAGAUUCGGAGUGCCCUACAAGAUUAUUUCUGAAAACGACACUCAGUUUGAAGGGGAAACGUUCGAGGAGUACUGUAGGGAAAUAUGCAUAAGGAGAAGCUUCUCGGCUGUUGUGCAUCCACAGGCCAAUGGGCAGGUGGAGGCCAUUAACAAAGUCCUAAAGAGGAACUUAAAAACAAUCUAG